GGGCGUUACCGUUUGAGCGUGUCGUGUGUGGGUGCCUGCAAGCUGCGCGGACGCGUUUCUCCCUGCUGUGGCUUCACCAUGCUUGGACAUCUGGUUGGGGCAACGCGGUUCCGCGAUCGUUGCCGCCGGAGUUGAUGCUGGCCGACGGAUAGAUUUUACCCGAUCGGCAAACAGCGGAGACGACCACGGCGUUGGCCGGCGUCGCCGGCGCGAAAACCCACGACGCCGUCGUUUCCGGGAGACCGCGCACUCAAACAAGAUCAGGAGCGACGCCAUGUCUGAAUACUGUCUCCAGCCGUGCAGCACCAACCAGAACAUCAUGUUUGUCAGGACGAGGGAGCCCAUCGCGGACGACGUCUUCAGCCCCGCGUCGUCGCCCAAGCGGCUGUGCCUUGACACCGAGUCGCCAAACUCCUGCGAUGUGGACGCGAUAGCCCGCAUCAUGACACCCACGCCGCCAUCCGAGUCCCCUGUGAAACGGCCCCUCCAGGACGUCACUCUUCGUUGUAACAACAGCGGCAGCUCGUCGCCCUCGCUGUCGCCUUCGCCCGGCACCCCUACAAAGUCCGGCAACGACUUCUUGGGCAGUCCGUCGGACGACCCCAUGACCCCGACGGCUCGCCUCAAACUCUUGUCCCGUCUAGCUGCCGAGCGAUUGCCCUAUGCGAGCGGGGAAAACGGAAUGGACGACGAGCUCUCCAAUCACAGCAGCAACUCCGAGAACCAGAGGCCGACCAGUCGGAAGGAGAAGUCCCUCGGCCUGCUCUGCCAAGCGUUCUUGGCCCUUUAUCCCGAGUACACGGAACCAUCGGACAAUAUUAUCGUGUCCCUAGACGAAGUCGCCAAACACUUGGGCGUGGAGAGGCGGCGAGUGUACGACAUCGUCAAUGUCCUGGAGAGCGUCGGCAUGGUCACCAAGGAGGCCAAGAACAAGUACCGCUGGUUUGGCAAGGGGGCGCUGCUGGAGACCUUGCCGAAGCUCAAGGCCCUCUCCGAGAAAAGCAACAUAGCUGGCCAGAUCCACUCGGUGAAGGACUUUGAGUUCAACCAUUCCCUCGAGAUGAGCAGCCAGCUGUUUGUGGUGCCCUCCAACGAGGCCAUCAACUCGGGCCAGGUCACGGCGGCGUCCAUGGCCGGCGACAGUGGAGGAGUGGGCGGAGGCGGCGCAGCCUCCGUGCAAGACUUGGAACUGCGCCGAGAAAAGUCCAUGGGCAUCAUGAGUCAGCGCUUUCUCAUGCUGUUCCUCACGUCGCCGCCGAAAACCGUAAGCCUUGACUUGGCCGCCAAGGUGCUCAUCGGUGACCCCACUGUCGACAAGACGCAAUCUCUAGUCUAUAAGACCAAGAUUCGACGGCUGUACGACAUUGCCAACAUCCUGACGAGCCUGGGUCUCAUCCGCAAGGUCACGGUUACGGAGUCUCGGGGCCGCAAGAGCGCCUUCAAGUACAUCGGUCCCGACAUUGGCACGGCUAGCACGGAUGAAGACGUUCAAGUCCAGACGCAGUCACGGCACUCUCUCGUCGCCACUGGAUUUUCGUUCAAGAAAAUCUCCAAGUCGAAAGAUGAGAAUUCAACAUUGAGGUCGCAGUCCCCGGGCUCCAACGAAUGCACCGCGCAAGUCCUGGAGUUGCUGCAACGGACACAAGAACGUUCCAAGCGCGGCUCGUCGCGACUGAUGCGGACGCACAGCGACGACAUUUCGGCGCCCUCGCGGAAGUGCCGGCGCGGACCCCAGUUGGCUGCGGCGGCCAAGCCCGCGUCGUCGUCGUCGAAGAGCCUGGCUCGGCACGCCAGCUUCCAUGACAUCUGCGAGGUCGCCGAGAUGGAGCGCCGCCGCCUGUACUCCGAGGAAGAGGAGAAUCAUCGGGAGUUGUCAACCCGUGACAGACCUGCGGGGGACGGCAACGCUGUCACAGACUCCGAAAAGUCUUUUGGCGAUGUGGAGUCUGGAAUCGGUGCAGCUUCUCCAAGCAAGGUGCGGACAUCCAACGCUAAACAGGCCGAAGCCAAGGAGAGCGAGCUGAGCGCUUCGACGGAGUCUCAUGUGAUCACCCUGUCCGAGGAGCAGUACACCAGCCUGCUGCAGUCGCUCAACUUGCCGAUACACUCGAAGCCAAUCAUUAGCAUCCAGCAGGAGAAGAAGGCCGAGCAACCUUGCAAAUGUUCAGGCAGCCAGCAGCCGCAGACUCCUCAGCCAACUGUGCCACGGCAGACGAUGGCGCUGCAGACGCCAGCACAGCAGAAGCCAGCUCAGCAGGUGCCAGUAGUGCAGACAUCGUUAGUGCAGACGCCAACACUGCAGACGCCAGCACUGCAGCAGACGCCGGCACAGGAGACGCCGGGGCAGCAAACUACUACAGUGCUGGCAGCGACAGAUGUGCCGACCAUCCUGACGCCCACGUUCCGCUGGAUUAUCGAGCACGACCAACGGACACCGUCUGGGAACGGCGGCACCGAAGAGGUGAUCACAGCACUGGCCCUCCCGGCCGCAGCCCGCAAGCUGACGUACGACAGCGUUCCGACGACGCCGGCCUCUCCGGGAGCCGCGGAGGAGAGUCUCGUCCUCAGCAUAACGUCCGCAGAGGCGGCAGACGACUCGACCCUCAAGCUGCCGACGACGACGGCGGGGCCAGCAGCCGGAACGGUAACGCCGCUGACCCCUAACUACUAUGCGUGCUUCGUUCGCGCUCCCUCUUCCUCGCCCGAGGUGUUGCCUCUGGUCACUACAGGCGCGUCCUCGUCUUCACCGCAGAUACCCAUCUUCUCGCCAACCAACUGCAUGCUCACCCUUUCACCCGUCGUUCUUGGCGCGGCCCACCAUGGCCAGGCCGCAAUGUCGACCAUCACGUUCCCGGCGGGAACGAGGCUCUUGACUGCCACCACGCCAGGAGCGGCGCCGACGGCUGCCGAGAAAAAGGUCUCGACGGCUGCGCGUAAGUUGACGCUGACAAAGUAGGAACAAUAUUUUAAAGAGCGCUGCUUACCCUCAGCAAAAUCUGCCGGUGAACAAUCAUGGUUUUGCGCUGGUGGCUGUGAAAACAAUUUUUGCAUUGAAUUCGAGUAUGUGGAACAGACUACGAAAAAGAAAAGAAAAAUUACUGAAGAAUAAAAAAAGAAAGCUUUAAAUUAAAAUCCUCGGGACACAGUGAAGCUUGAAUUUCUUGCGGCUUAGCUUGUGGGGCUGCCCAGUUCAGUCGAAAAAGACUUUACAUUGACCCGUCGAAGUAUGGCUUCUAGUGGCACGGCAGUUACGGACAGAAUCUGAACUCGAUUGCAAAUUUCGUCUGCUGCGUCUGCAGUGCAAGUGCAGUCAACAAAGCGAAGCAACGAAGAGCUCCGAUGUCGCUGGAUCGUUUUUCGCUCUGUGGCCAGGCGCCGUCCGUCCCUCUCGAGGAACUCCCAGAGCGCAGAGUGAAGCGAUUCGUUUUGUUCCUCAACCGUGAUUCAACGGCACGUGUGGUGAGGCAUUCCUUUCGUGUGCUACGAAGCGUGCGUGUGUGCGAUGUACGACGCCACAGAUCUCUCCACGUUUCUGCAACGCACCAUCUAGAGUGGUUUAUAAAAGACGUGUGGUGUGCAAGUGUGUUAGAAUUAGGACAUUCACCUUGUCAAAAGUUUCACAUUUCUUUUCUUUUUUUUUCGCGGUGUGACACGACGUUUACGUGAAGAUGACGCAUUACGGCUUUCGUGCUCGGUAGCGUGUGUUGAGAGACGUGGAAAAGUGAUGUUCCAUAGCGUAUCCACCGUACUCGAACUGUGCUAAAGUGUGCUAAGCCUCUUAGGUUCAAGUGUCAAGCAUGUUCAUCUGGCUUGGCCACUACCUUCAAGUACGUGUUUGUGUGCUGCAUGACAUCGGAACAGGACACGUUCUGCUGUGUGACUGUCUCCAUCCCGGCAUCGCCGAAGAGCACCGAGACGCCGAACCCUUCAAGAUUCAAGUGCAGAACGCGAGCGAGGAAUCCUGCUGCAACAUUACGGCUGCAUAGUGAGCCUUUGAACGUUUUGUGCAACGUACAGGCUUCUGUACAUUCACCGUUGUGCAAAAGUUGCAUGCACGUGAGCUUUGCUGCUGAGCUUAGCUUGUGACUAGUUUUUUUUUUUUUAUGGUAGUGACGCAAUCAUUUUUUUUAGUCACUUGUUACACGCCCGGUAUUGUUGUUUGGGCAUUGUUGGAGAGUAGUGAGCUCUAAAUGCACCCUCGAAGGGCUUAGACUGACUUCUCGUUGCCAUCCAUGACAUCAUUUUUUUUUUUUGCCACUGUUAGCACUCUCAUCAUCAGUCUCGUUUUCAUUUUUUUUUUUGUCAUCAAGUGAAUCACUUUUGGGUUUGAAAGGGUUGUUUAGGGUUCAUACUUAGUCACUGUUCAGGCAUGAAAAAUGGUUUAGGUUCAGGGUGUACCACACCACGUGCUCACUGCCAUACAUAAAUGUUUUUUUUAAUGUGGUAAUGGUUCCGGGAUGAAUGUGCAUUCCCACUGGGCAGCACUCUAGUGUUGGCUUUUAUUUAUUCACACAGGCACUUGUAAAUAGUAGUCCUAAAACACCAGUAAUUUGCCUCCCUCUGCAACUUUCAUAACGACGUCGGUGACUGUGUCAGAGAUUCCUGCAUCUGGACUUCUGUUCAUAGAGACUCUUUUGUUUCACCGUACAAAAUGAGGUGUUUAUUAUUAAUUUUUUUUUGGCUGAUUGGUCGCUGUUGUGAAACACUGCUCUUAUCCUUGAUGUAGCUUUGCAGAGAAGCAAUGAAUGCAAAUAAGAAAUAAAGUACUAUAUAAGUGUCACACUGUUGGCACGGCGAAU